ACUCGCUUCCCUACUUUCUCGAGCAUAUAUUCUCAUCGCGUCCCUCAAUCCGUAUCCUCCAUCCUUUUUCGUUCCUCUGGUGACGAAACAUGGCGAGAAGAGAACAAGUCGUUUCUUCGUUCAUGGGAGGUUGCGUUAUGGUUGUGGGGUGGUCGCUGCUUCUCCAGAGUUUCUUGCUUGCUGAAGUUACAGGCAUUGAAUUUGAGGAUGAGAAGAACUAUUGCUCUCCUUCAGACCCUCGUGCUGGUUCUCCUCCUUCAGGUUCACGUGGACAUGGGAGUCCCCCGCGGGUUACUUCGCCACCGCCUUACUGGCGCGCCGGAACGCCACCGCCACCCUACCAUGUCACUCCAUCACAUCCCACACCGCCAACACCUGCCCGAUAUUGUGGCAACCCGCCGCAAGGGCACGACCCCACCCGGUCGACGCCACCUCCUAGAGGAGGUUACUACCGUUCUCCUCCAACUUCCGGAGGCAGACCCCGGACCCCAGUCAUUUUGACCCCGCCAGCCACUCCUAUUGAUCCCGGGACCCCGAGUACUCCCACCACCAUCCCGCCGCCAACGGGAGGUUACUAUCCAUCUCCUCCGACUUCCAGAGGCGGUAGUACCCCAACUCCGGUGAUUUCGACGCCACCAGCCACUCCUAUCGAUCCCGGCACUCCGAGCAGCCCUUCCGUCCCAGCACCUCCUUUCAGUUUCGGUCCUUACCCAAAUCCCUUCACCCGCCCUUACACUUACUGGCUAUCAAAUCCAGGAAUGGUAUGGGGGGUGUUUGGGUGGUGGGUGCCGAUGAGAACUGCCUUCCGCGUACCCACGACCAUCCCCGGGAUCCCCGCGACCCUAAACCUGAUUCAGGCUCUCUCUAACACGAGCAUAGAUGGGCUCGGCGCUCUCUACCGAGAAGGGACCGCGGCUCUGCUCAACUCCAUCGUCAACUACAGGUUUCCCUUCACCACCGCCCAAGUCCAACGGAGCUUCGUCUUGGCUCUCGGCUCGGACGGAGCCGCGUCAUCUCAAGCUCAGCUCUUCAAGCUGGCCAACGAAGGCCGUCUCAAGCCCAGGGCUAAUUGAAGUGAACCCGAUCGUCACUGUUUGUCUGGCUAUUAUAGGUUGUCGGAGCAAUAUGUGUUAGUGGUUUUUGUGGUGGCUCUCUUAUCCUUAGUUGGGAUUUGAGGUGAAGUCUGUUUCAUGUACGUUUGUGUACGAUUUAGCGUAACUUAGCAUGCGUCAAAUGUCGUCAGCGGUAAUUAUCGGUUUCGAAUUUCCCAUGGAUUGGGGUACGUAGACAUUAAUUCGCCUUUCAUUUCCUUUCUGUA